AUGGCCUCCCAGUCAUCAUCAUCCUUCGGGAGCAUCUCGACCCCAGAAGAGAGCCCGUCUACAGCUCAGCUACUCGGCACCGAACUGCUCCCAAAGGCCGAUGUCCCGAGAUCAUACUCUCCCAUAACCUCCAUAGAGGUUGCGCCGUCGAUCACACCUCCGCCAUCCUCGCAGAUCCCCCCCCAUGGAAGAGCCAGUGCUUCUGCAGCUGCCAUGUCCUCUCCACCGACUACCGAUGCUCGCGGCCAGAGGCGAGAAGAUACCGACAAGCCUGCGCCUGCUCGUCCAACUUUAGAGCAAAUCGACAACGCCAGUCCUGAGGCACUGAGGGAGAUGGUUCGGAGGGUUGUGGCGGAGAAUAUGAAGCUGGAAGGAGAAGGUAGCGAGGCACGCAUGACGGCUGCCCACUGGAAGUUUCAGUACACCCUCCUCGCCAUCGAGAGCGAAGAGGCUUUGAAGCGCAUGGAGGUCGAGCACGACAUUAUCCGACGGGAAGUCCAGGUACUCCAAUUCCACGGUCGCGAGAUGCCUAAGGUCGACUAUACGGAGAAGAUGCGAGCCUACUGCAAGACGAUCCAGGAAGACAAUGCCGUGACUAGACGUCGGUUGGAGAGAGCUAAGCAGGUCAUUGAGAUGAAGGAUGGCGAGCUUAUGGAUGCCAAGGAUGAGAUCUUCCGAUUGCAAACACGCAUUAGGCAGAACAGAGAGCAUAUCAAUACCCUGCGCAGUCCUGGUGGACCACUCCACUUCUCCACGCCCAAGACCACCCCAGCUACUCCCCACAAAUACCGUGGAACCCCAAAGCACACACCCAAUACCAGCCGCUCCAACUAUGGGUACUCAGAGCACCAGGAUGCCCGAUCAGGAUUCAGUGCUCUCAUCGAGGCUGGAAAUCGAGUACUGAACCUCCAGAGCCAAGAAAAUACCAGUGCGCCGUCUACUCCCACUGUUCCCCGCCGGCCUAACCCCUAUACUCCUAACAGGCACCAUCGAGGAGUUCAGUCCCUCUCCUCCUUCCCCGCCACCCCUGGAUCGGCCAGACCAAUGACCGGAACUUCGACCUUGCUCCCUUCUGCCCAGUUCUCCUCCCACGCCGAUAACCGGCUGCUGAAUACACUCUCACAUCACGCUUCUCAACAACAGCAGACUUCUACCCGUCAACGUCGUCGCGAUAGCACUAUCUCUGCCUCUGAUAGCGAUGAGGUCUCUCGAGCAGCCUACCGUGACCGUGAUCACACUGAAGAAGUCCAAGAGAGCCAAGCUAGUCAAUCGGCUACUGAGAUGUUGCGCACCAGUCACAGAGAGUCGUCCAAAGUUGCACAUUCCCGUACAUCCACUACUUUGCCCGCCAACAAUUAUGCACAGUCCAAAAUAUACGGCCCAGUCACUAAGCGCAAGCUAAAGACUGAUCAUGAGCUUCUUUCUGCAAAGAAGAUACGCAAAGAUGAGUUGGGCUUAGGUGUUGGCUUUGAUGCGUCUUUGUAA